UUGACUGAGAUGUAAAUGUUCAUUUUUGCUAAUCCAGAUUCCUCAACUGUGAAGCUGGGCAUAUAUUCACACGUGGUUUUUUAUAAUAAGGACUGGGAAAAACUUGACUUUCACCCCAGUCCUUAGGACUGUUUGCUGUCCAGACUGAAGAUGCCAACAAAUGGGAUCCACCGGGCCUUGAAGAUCCAGUUUGGCUUAAUCAACUCUGAUAAUCGAUAUUUAACAGCAGAGCACUUUGGCUAUAAAAUCAAUGCCUCGGCACCUAGUCUGAAAAGGAAGCAAAUAUGGAGCCUGGAACAAGAUGGAGACAGCUCGGUGGUCUUCUUGAAGAGCCACCUGGGUAGGUACUUGUCUGCCGACAAGGAUGGCAAGGUCUCCUGUGAAGCUGAAAAGCCAGAAAGUGGUGGGUGUUUUAUCAUUGUCACUCAGUCAGAUGGACGCUGGGCACUCCAGUCAGAACCAUACAAGCGCUUCUUUGGUGGUUCUGAAGACAGGUUGUCCUGUUUUGCCCAAGCCAUUACUGAAACUGAGCUCUGGGUUGUACACUUGGCCAUCCACCCACAAGCUAAUCUUUUGAGUGUUAGCAGGCGAAGAUAUGCACACCUCAGUGCCCAAGAAGAUGAGAUCUCUAUUGACAGUAACAUCCCCUGGGGUGUGGAUUCGCUUAUCACACUUACCUUCCAGAAUAAGAAGUAUUGCCUGCGAACCUGUGACAAUCGCUACCUGCGCAACAAUGGUAUCUUGGUCAAGGAACCUGACCAUCGUACAGGUUAUACCCUGGAGUUCAAGGCAGGCAAGUUGGCCUUCAAGGAUUGUGAUGGGAAAUACCUAGCACCUACAGGACCUACUGGCACUCUAAAAUCUGGCAGGAGCUCCAAGCCAGGAAAAGACGAACUCUUUGAACUGGAAGAGAGCCAUCCACAAGUAGUUUUCAUGGCUUCCAAUGGUAGAUGCGUCUCCAUCCGUCAAGGUAUUAAUGUCUCAGCCAAUCAGGAUGAACAGACACACCAUGAGACCUUCCAGAUGCAGAUUGAUAAAGAAACCAAGAAGUGUAUUUUCCAUUCCAACACAGGCAACUACUGGACCUUGGUGGCACAUGGAGGGAUUCAAGCCAUGGCUACUGAAAUAUCUGCCAGCACUAUGUUCGAUCUUGAAUGGCGUGGUCACCGUGUUGCCCUCAAAGCUGGCAAUGGCAAAUACAUCUGCACCAAGAAGAAUGGGCAACUGGCAGCUGUCAGUGACAGAGUGGGGAAAGAUGAAGAAUUUGUUCUCAAGCUGAUCAACCGGCCCAUCCUAGUUCUUCGUGGGGCUCAUGGCUUUGUUUGUUACCAUCGCAACUCCAACUUGUUGGAUGCCAACCGUUCCAUCUACGAUGUCUUCCACCUCAAUUUCAGUGAUGGCGCUUACCACAUCAAAGGCCUCGAGGGUGGGUUCUGGUACGUGGCCAGCAAUGGCACCGUGUGCAGCGAUGGCGAGACGCCUGAGGAUUUCUUCCUUGAGUUCCGGGAGUACAGCCGAGUGGCCAUUAAAGGGAAGAAUGGCAAAUACCUACGAGGGGACCCGGCUGGAACCCUGCGGGCUGAUGCGGAUACCCUGAACCGUGCAACGCUCUGGGAGUACUGAGCCCCUGCCCCAGGGCUUGGGAUGCUCUGGGGCCUGGCCUGGAGCCCGAGCCUGGACCCUGGGUGGCCUGUGAGGGGAAGCCCUUCAGGAAACUUUCACAAUGCCCAGGACUGUCCAGAUUUUGAAGCAGCCUCUCCUCUACUUCACUCCCCCUCCCUAUCCAACAUCUCUUCCGCAAAUAACCUGAAGAGGAAGGAUGCUGGCUUAGUGGAGUUUCCUGCCCCAACAGCUGUCAGUGCAACACCAUUCUCUGUGAGAACUCUACAGACCUGGUUCCCCUUGCUACUCCUGCCUAAUGGGUCUGCUUCCACCGCACUGGAAAAAGCAAAGACCUUCUGGAGGACAACAGAGGCUGAGGAAGCAAAUAAAUUCAGAGCUGCUGCCAAUUUCUGGACACGCCCUUUCUCUAUUUUUAUUUUUACAAUGGUGCACAGCAGUUGUAAAGCAAAACUAUUGCUAUGCAGUGCAGUGCAGGGAAAACAGAAAUCUUCCUGUGGAAACAGCCUUUCCUUCCACCGCUCCCCCCCCCUUUUUUUUUUUUCUUCUCACCACUGGAAAUGGAGGGACUCAUUAUUCAAAGGCAACAAACAGGCAGAGGUAUGGAUACUAAUUUAAUGAGUAUUUCAGUUUUGUUUUUGAUUUUGUUGUCCAAAAGGUUUAUGAGCAUCCUUGCACCUGAGAACAAGACUAGUAUUUACUUCUUCAACUUAAACUCAUUAAGAACACAUCCCCUCAAAACCAGAAAAACUAAACUGUAAUAAAGAUGAACAAAAUUAAUUGUAGAAAGAUCCACACAUAAAACAGAAUAGUUGAACCAA